AUGUUCGAAUAUCUCUCGUAUGAUUUCUGGUUCGGUCCGAAACUGAUCAAAACUCGAUCCGAAUACAAAGAAUAUCUCGCGAAACAGAAGGAGGAGUUCAACAAGAGGCUCACGAACGAGAAAUGUCCGGAGACGAGGCUCAAGAAAUUCGAGUUCACAGGCUUUAUUCAUACAACCCUAUUUGGCUCAUUGGUCGAGGCUCGUCGGAGGAAGAAAGACAGGAAGUUUUUCGUGAGAAUUGAGGAAAAAUUCGAGAUUGUCUACCAAAUGGGCAAGCUCGAGUGGCAAAUGUCCAUGGCCCAGGUGAAGAAAAUACACCGCGCUGUGCGGUCCAACUUCAUCGCACACUUGCUCUACACAAUUCAAGACUCGAAGAAUCUCUAUCUUCUGACCGAGCACGCACCAUACGGAAGUCUUCUCCACGCCAUGGCCUCGAAUCAAGACUAUUUCUCAGAGGACGACAUAAAGUUUUGCGCGGCCCAAAUCGUCCUGGCUUUUGAAUAUUUACACACGUGUGAAAUCUUGUACCGCGCUUUGUCGCUGAAGAGCGUAUUCAUAUUUGCCGAUGGUUACAUCAAAUUGUGUGAUUUCACUGCGGCAAAACAAACGACCAAGACUACACGAUCGGAUGUUGGAAUUGGUGGUUACCGGCCGCCAGAAGUUUUCGGCAACCGGUGGUACUAUACCGGAUUCGACUGGUGGAGCCUAGGGAUCCUCAUCUUCCAUCUGUACUACGAAGACUUCCCGUUCGAUCUCAAAGGGGACGACUACGACCACGAUAAACGGGCGAUUUUCAAGAACCCGCUGGAAUUCUACGACGAAGAACGAGGCUCAACUCAAUCGUGUGACCUGUUGACAGGUUUGCUCCAGAAAGAUCAAAAUAAUCGACUCGGCGUAUGGGGAACAGGAGUCCUGGAAGUAAAGAAACAUCCCUGGUUCAGGGAUGUCGACUUCCUGCGGAUAUUCAGUAAAAGGAUCAGAAGUCCGCUCAAACUAGUUCCUCUGAAAACAGAGCCGAUCGACGACUUGUCGUCCCUGAUUCCGACCAAGGAGAUAGACGACAAGUACCUCUCCCGCUUUCGCGAUUUCUGA